GAAAACAAAAUGGCGGACAAAAGAGUCGCMAUUGAACAAUGUUUAUCUGCUGCAAAGAGUCUUCGUUCUUCUGUUUCUCAGGUUUUUGAAGACUUCGUUUCGAAUCCAGUUGGGAAAGUUGACACAGAAUCGUCAGAUCUAGCGAAAUCGUCCGAAUUUGUCAACAAUUUGAAGAAAGAUUUUGUCCAAGUUCAGAAAUCCGUCAGUAAUCUAGAAAAGACUGCCGCACAAGUCAGCCAAUUCAAGACAGAUUCGAGCUCUGCUGCUCUUGGUAACAGUGGUCUUCUCAGUCUUGACCCAUGCGACGAUAAAACACCUUUAUACAGACAGUUGAUAGGGACAUACAACUGGCAUGAAAAGGAAGAUAUUUAUUCUCCAUCUCGACACAAAGUCUUCAACAAGUUAACAGCCUAUGCCACAUCUGCAAUGCUUCACUAUUACACAACUAGUGAUAAUAUUCUACAGGUCAUCAAUUUUGUGAAAUGGCUUGACAGUUUUCAAGGUAUUUUUUCAAAAAAGUGUACGAACUGUGGCUUCCAUUUGAAAGAGGAAGAAGAUGGCUGUCCCAUACCUCCGUGCUGGAGAGCUUACGACACCCUUCAACCAUACCACUAUAGCUGUUACACAAAACUACUGAACUAGAUAAAAAUUACUUUUAAUGUACAGUCUAAAUAUAACAAAAAACAAUGUAAAUAUAUGCAUGUUCUGCAACAAGGUUGAAUGCACCACAAAUAAUAGUUCCAAGUCGAGGCUGGAGUUUAUGCUCAUAUAAAGUAAAAGUAAAACUAUACUUUUCAAAUUGCAUGGUAACUCCAACCUUGGUUUGGAAAUAUCAUAAUUCAUGGUCACUGAACGGAACUGUAAAAUGGAGUGUUAAACUUGGUAUUAAAAGUUUUGAAAAUUCAUUAAAGGUGUUUAAAGUAUUUAU